AUGCGCUGGAUUUUUAUCGCCCUGCUAGGCCUCGCUGCCCGUCUGGAGGCGCGCCAGGGGUGCACAAGGCCCCUGGUGCGAAGGGAAUGGAGAACGCUGGACGACGAGGAAAAGGCCGAGUACAUCUCGGCCGUCCAGUGCAUGCUAGACAAGCCUUCCAGGAGUAAUGUUGCCGGCGCCACGCGACGCUACGACGACUUUGUGGCGACGCACAUCAUCCAAGCGGACAGGACGCACUUUGUGGGCUUCUUCUACCCCCACCACCGCCUCCUGGUGGCGGCGUUCGAGUACGCCCUCCGCAAGGAGUGCGGCUACGGCGGCGCCCAGCCCUACUGGGACUGGCUGCUCGACAUCGACGACAUGGCGGCGUCGCCCAUCUUCGACCCGGACACGGGCUUCGGCGGCAACGGCGAGUGGAUACCGGGCACGCAGUCGCAGCCGUCGCCCGAGAUGGAGCUGCCGCUGCCGUCGACCCACGAGUUCCCGGACCGGUCGGGCGGCGGCUGCAUCCCCGACGGGCCGUUCGAGGGGCUCGACACGGCGCUGGGCCCGCGCGGCAGCGUGGCGUACAACCCGCGGUGCGUGCGGCGCGACUUUUGCCCGGCGACGUUUGCGCGCAUGGUGGCCAACGUGCGCCCGGCGCUAAGGAUGCCAACGUACGGCGACUUCGUGGCGUCGUCAGAGCCCAACGCGCACGCCAGCGGCCACUACGGCGUGGGCGGGCUGUACGGCGCCAUGACGGACAAGUGGUCGAGCCCCGUUGACCCCGUCUUCUGGCUGCACCACGCCAACGUCGACCGCAUGUGGUGGUCGUGGCAGUACCGCGACCUGCCCGAGCGCCUGAUGGACAUCUCGGGGCCGCUGGUGUCGCUGGACUGGACCAACAAGCUUGGCGGCAACAUCACUCUUGAGCACGAGAAUGCGCUGGUCACUCUCGGCCAAGGCACGUCGGUUGCCAGCACCAUGGACAUCCGGGGCGGGUUCUUGUGUUAUGAUUACGAGGGGAUUUACUAG